UGUGUUUACUCAGUUGUGUCCUUUCACCCUGUGCAACUUAGGAAUCACUUCCCCAACUGGAGCUGAUAAAAGGCAGAGGGGUGGGCUGCUCGUUGCUGUGCUGCUGCUGCUUUGUAUAAAGCAUGUAUAGGAGCCCGCACAACUCCAGCAGCUGCUGUCACUAUGUAGAUCCUCAGGAGAAAUGAGCCCAGACAGAACAGGGAGAGGCAGCAGCAGCAGCAGCAGCUCAUUGAAAAGGCUUGUGUGCAAGUCGUUUGUCAGGGCUUGGGGCAGGAGGCGCCCAAACCUCAGGAGGGCAGUUUUGCUGAUUUGCACCGCCAGUGCCAUCUAUGGGAUUGUCAUAGCCAGCCAGGUGCUCAGAGGCUCGACUCACCCUGGAAAAGCAUUAAGAAAAGCUCAGCAGAAAGUUCUGACAGAUGCUAGUGUCAGACUUGCCGGCACUGCACUGGAGGGGAACACUUUCUACAUGGAGAACGCACAGCCACAAGGGGGCUCCACCAGCAGCUCUCCAGUAACGCUGCAGCCCAACGUAGUCUACAUCACCCUGAAAACCAAGCGCAGCAAGCCGGCUAAUAUCAGGGGCACAGUGAGACCCAAGAAGAGGAGAAAAUAUGGUGCCCGUCGGCCAGGGGUUGUACAGGACACAGAAAGUAAAAAAGACACAUUAUGGAGCAAAGUUCCUAAUAGCCAACAUAAAAGCCAGGCUCAGAGUUGGAUCCGGGGCAUAGAUGGGCACAGGGGAGGCAGAGGCACCCAUCAGAGCAAUAUUAGGAUAUACAGUGACAGUGCGCCCCCCUGGUUCACUAAAGAAGAUAUCAGUGCCAUGCGAUUCCUCUCAGACUCCAGAAUCGGCCACAUCAAGCAAAACCUGCUGCUUUUUGAAAGCGACCAAACCCCCCUUAUGAAAAUGCCAGUGCCCCCAGUUGGUAGCGGCGACUGUCAGGGCCAGUGCGGCGUCAUUAAGCGACCUCUGGACAUGAGCGAAGUGUUUGCCUUUCACUUGGACCGGGUCCUGGGACUCAACCGGACUCUGCCAUCUGUCAGCAGAAGCUUGGAGUUCGUUCAGGAUGGGCAGCCUUGUCCUGUUAUUUUAUGGGAUCCAUCACUGCUGCCGACAGAUAACAAAACUCAGUCUUCCAUCAAGCUGAAAUGGGGCACAUAUCAAGAGAUGCUGCGGCAUAAAUGCUGGCUGAAUGGCAAAGCACCGAAAGCUGACCUGGGCUGUACAGAAAUCCAUCACCAGGAAUGGUGCAAGAUGGCACUUUUUGAUUUUCUUCUACAAGUUUACACUCGACUUGACAGACACUGCUGUGGCUUCAAACCUCGAAAAGAGGAUUCAUGUGCACAGGAAGGAUUAUACUUGAAAUGUAAAAAUCCAGAGAGCAUCGAUCUGACACAUAUUAUCCAAAGAAGGCAAGAGCCGAGGCGCCUGGUCUUCAUUGAUAACAAAGGGUUUUUUGACAGAAGUGAAGAUAACCUGGAUUUUAAAUUGUUGGAUGGAAUAAAAGAAUUUCCAGAAACUGCAGUUUCAGUGCUGAAAAGCCACCGGUUACGUGAAAAGCUACUUCAGUCUUUUUUCUUGGACAAGGUCUAUUGGGAGAGUCAAGGAGGACGUCAAGGAAUUGAAAAGUUGAUUGAUGUCAUUGAAAGAAGGGCACAAAUCCUUGUGACUUACAUUAAUGCUCAUGGAAUCAAAGUCAUUCCAAUGAAUGAUUAAAAUAAGUUGCCCACUGAACAUGACUUCGAAAGGAACCUUGCAUUAGGUGAACCUGAAAUAGGACUAAACAUCAUAUUGGAAAUUGUUCAAAUAUGUGUAGUUAUUGAUGGGUGAAUCUGACUUGUUUCGGUUCGCGAAAGAGCGAUAACUCACCGAAAUGCAUUGAAGUUUAUGGGGACAAAUUGUGCAGCAAAAUUUUGACACGUGAAAAUUCUUUUUACCCAUUAAUCUAUGGGCAUCAUUUUUGCGGUAAAACUUGGAAAAAUUUAGCUCAUCACUAGGUGUAAUAUAUUGUGUUACUAUUGGGGCAGUUUUGGAAUACUGCUCCCAAAAUAUCUAAAUUGCACUAUUUUUGAAUGUAUAUUAGUUGAAAUGUAUACCACAAUAUCUGAUCAGAUUAAUAAUCAGAUUAAUGCCGGAGGAUUAAUUUUUUAUUAUUUAGAAAAAUAAGUUAUAUUUAUCAAAAACUGAAAUCUCACUAUUUUCUGAAACUUCUCCAACCAGAUCCGCACGGACUUCCCCCCCCCUCCUCCAUUUUUUAAUACAUUUUCACAAAUAUUUCUUGUGCGGAAAAAUUAUGAUAAAAAUCGUUACAAAAAAAAAUCUGAAUCCUAAGAUUUUUUUCAGAUUUUGCCCUUGAAACCUAUGAUUUUUUUGUAUAAUCGCCCGAAAGCUAUGUUAUUAUCUGAAACUCAGCGCAACUCUUACUACAACUCAGCAAAAUCUUACUAUUGUUAACUGGACAUCUGCCAUUGACGUUCACAUGUUCUCAGCAGGUCUGAGUUGGAGUACUUUUUUCAUCAGACUUUUGACACCAUCAGACUUUAAUAAAUCCUGAAAAAAUUUAGUUUUUUUUCUCAUAAAAAUUGUACUUACCCCUUUAAAAGUCCGACUAGAAAAAAUUGGAGCUUAAUAAAUAACCCCCCAGGAGUAUUUUUGGAAAACUUUAAUGAAGCAGCAUUUCUCAAUAUGAGUUUAUUUAUAAAGGGAUGUGCACUAAAGCUGACAAAAAAAUCCAAGGUCACAUGCCAUAUUUGCGCAGUAGUAUGACAUAGUAUGACAUAGCAUGCCAUAUUUAAACAUCACAAGGUGCAUGUGAUACUUAUAGGAUAUAUAUUUAUAUGCAAUAACAAUAUGUCCACGUACUACAAAGGUCCCUAACUGUCAAAUUUAAAAUAGGAUUAUUCCAUUUUGACAAAUAUGUUAAAAGCCUUGUUUCUUUUAUCCAAAUGUCUUUUUUAUAUGUAGAAACACCUUCUUAGAAGUCCUGUUCUCUGUUUUUCAUGCUGCCAAAUAUUCAAUAUUCAUAAUUUUUUUUUUUUUUUUUAAUUUUUUAUGUGUUUUGCAAUUUCUUUUCUAUAUUUAUAUUUUAUGCAUUGGACCAAAAUAUAUACAGUACUGGAUUUUUUUUUUUUUUUAAAAAUAUGUAUUUUCUUAUAUGUUACACAUAUGUUUUCAAGGUAAACUUAGGGGGAGAUUUAUCAAGGGUCGAAGUGAAUUCGAGGGAAUUUUCAAAGAAAAAAAAUUCGAAGUAAUUUUUUGG